AAAGGAAAGGGUACGGAUGCCGGGAAGGGGAAGAUGGGGCGACGGCAGACUCUCUGAGCUGCAGAGUUCUAUGGCUGAGAGUAGCCUCCGGGCUCCGGACCUAGGGACUCAGCUGGGAGUUUCCGCUUCUCUGAAAAAAUGCCGGAAGACCUCAACAGAUGCUGGGAGGCAACCCUUCUCUGGAAAGUCCUUUUAUCUGGAUCUGCCUGCUGGCAAAAGUCUCCAGUUUUUGACGGGGGCCAUCCAGCAGCUAGGUGGGGUAAUUGAGGGUUUUCUGAGCAAAGAAGUAAGUUACAUCGUGUCCAGCCGUAGGGAGGCAAAGGCAGAGAGCAAUGGGACAAGCCCCAGAGGCUGCCCCAGCCCCAGCGAGGUCAGAGGGCAGACGCCGUCCAUAGUCCAUCCAAAGGAUGGCCACACCAGGCCUUCACAGAAGCCUGCAGACUCGGUCCCUAUGAGCAGAGGGAAGGAGUUACUGCAGAAGGCCAUCAGAAACCAGGAGAGCAGCAGUGGAGGAGGUGGUGGGAGCAGCAGUAGUCUCCUGACCAAUGCCCGCUCCUGGGGAGUGAGGAUCCUGCAUGUGGACGAAAUGCUGAUGCAUGUGCAGCAACUGUCUCUCAACGCUCUAUGUGUGAAGAAACAAGGGCUGGAGAAGAAGCCAGAGGGAACAUGUCCAGCAGAGCCAAGAACGCGGAAAGUGGCCAGGCUGAAGGCACCGUUCCUCAAAAUUGAAGAUGAGAGCAGGAAGUUUCGUCCCUUCCACCAUCAGUUUAAGUCCUUUCCUGAAAUUUCUUUUCUGGGACCCAAAGAUGCAAGCCCCUUUGAGGCCCUGAUGACCCCGAGCAUCUUGCAUCAUACCAGAGAACCCAAGGACCGAGAGCCAAGCCCGAGAUCAGCCACCCGCACCCUGCCUAGGAGGAGGAAGGGCUUCUGUGAGUGCUGCCAAGAGGCCUUUGAGGAGCUCCAUGCGCAUCUCUGGAGCACCCAACACCAGGGCUUUGCCUCGGAAGCCCACCCAUAUGCAGAAGUCGAUCGGCUCAUCGCCCAGCUCAGCCACAGCUUUGCUGAUGCCCCCUUCCAGACCAGCCUGCCCAGGCAGCCAGGCUCCCCAUCUUCAGAUGGUGACCCUCUGUGGCCUGAGACUCUGCCUCCCAGCCAGCCCUCUCAUCCAUACAAGGCAGCAUCUCCCAGUAUGAAAGAGGAGGACAAGCACCAGGCCUCGGGCGCCGGAGAGCCAGAUGGAACAGUGGAUAGCAUGAAGUCACCCACAGAACCUACGGAGACUGGCAAGAUGCUGGGACCAGCAGCAAGCUACCAGGAGCUAGGGGGAUCAGUUGAUGUCAUUGCAGACCCCCCAGGGACACCAGUGUCUAAGAGCCCUGUACACAAGUGCCUCCUGACAAGCUCUGGUUCUGCAGAAUUCUCAGGCCUGGACAUGGCACUUGUUGGCCACAAGCGGAAGGUUCAGUUCCCCAAUGGCAAUCCUGAAAAGAGGUCAGGGGUCUCUCAGCCACAAGCCUCAUUCUUUGUCCCGAGAGCCAGUAGUCCUUGUGGCACCAGGACAACCAGUAGCAGGCCUCUCCUCUCCCUUCCCCUCCCAGGUCAUGAGCACAGGCCUUUGACCUCCUUCCUCCCCUUGUGUCCCCCACAGACCUGCCUCUCUCCCCCGGACUCCUUCCCCUGGCAGCCCCCAGAUAGGCCAGCAGAGUGCUGGGCCACACAGCCCCCUUGGCCUGGGGGAGGAUGGCUCCCCGGGUCUGAGGAGUCUGAGCAAGCAGCCCCCGGCCCGUCCGCAGCUGGCUCCAGGCCAGCUGUCAGCCCAUCUGCACUCGGCAGCUAACGUGCAGCCCACAGGAGGACCUGCAGAGAGCCAAUCUACCUCUGUCCCCUGCCCUCUGCCAGCCAGUUGGGGGGG